GUUUCUUGCGGCUGAAAACUGGGAACGUUUCGGGACGCAUGAAAAUUGUUUGUCUUUGAAAAUUUUGGUUUUUGGAAGAAUGCGUAAGGUUUGUGAACUUGGUUUCUGGUGACAAGAUGCACAUCUGACCUGCAAAGAAAAUCUGAUGAGGAGUGAACUAGUGAAUGGAAAAUUGAACUUGAAUUGAAAUACUUAAACAACUUGGGAUCGCUUUAUGAAAAGUUCAAACAUUUUCCUAAAACAUUUAUUAAGUGAAACCAAGUGUAUCCUUCCAGUGUUUUUACUUUAUUUUGUGUUCAGUGGUUGCGGUUUGUGGCAAUUGCUAAUUUAGUAUGCUAAAAUGCAACUCGAGAUAAUUUAAGAUAAAUAUAAACAUCAGAGGCUGCUGACGGGAUCCCUAAGGAAAACCGGGCAGUAAAACAACCACCAGUUGUUCGAAAGUCUGAGAAGAAAAAUAAAAUAAAGCAGAUAGUCCCGAUGCAAUCUGCAAUGUGCAUGUGCAUGUGAGAAUAGUAAGAAAAGUGUCGUAUGCUAUUUAGACGAUGUGACUGAAAAUAAACCUAGUCUCCCCCCGACUGAAGAAAAGAACGAAUGACCAGUGCGGCUCUUAAGAAAAUAUAAAAGUAUGCAUGUACACGAUUUCGUAAUACGAGGAGCAAUAAAUGAACACGUUUGCCACCCUCCUCCGUAGCACGUUCAUCCUAGCUAUCAACAAGUAAAUGUCGGGCGAAGUAUUUAACUUAUGUCAAGGCUGCCAUCGAUAAUUCUAAGAGUGGAAUUCGAAAACUUAUUAUUGGAUCUGGUCGUGAAGGAGGGACUCAAAGAGAAUAUUUUGUCUGGUAAUAAUUUUUCAAACAAAAAAGUGGCAAGAAAGUGGACGGAAUUUCCGCAGAAAAAUUGGAGAGUGCAGACUAAUAAAAAAAAUGUGUAAAAAUUGCCUACAAGAAUUGUACAGAGCGGACAGCAUGUCAGACUGCUAAAAGCUCCCUCAUCGCGAGCCGUCACUCAGGAGUGAUUGACACCCCAUAUUGUGUAUGUACAAUCCCCCUACCCCCAAAGACGCAAGCUCAACUCCAUCCAGACAAGCUAUUCUCACGCCAAUCCUCAGCCAGGAUAACAACUGGCAAAUAGUGUGUUUGUUGAAGCAUUCGUUACGAGUACAGAAUUGCGUGCGUAUAGUUUUGGCGAGUUCAGUGCACCAGAGUGUCGUGAAAAACACGUUUGUGCCGGGUUCCGUGAAUGCGUGAAUGAAACGAGUGGUCAGAGAAACGUAUAAGUGGCACGAAAAGGGUUAAAUCAUGUCGACUUCGAGCAUAGGACGCGACGAAAUUCGGAAGCCCUUGCUCGAUGCCUACCUUUUGGAGCGUCGAAUCCUUUUGGGAUGCAGUUCCUUCGUUGCCGUCGCGCUGAUUAUCUGGAUUGUCGCCAUCUCCACGGAUCGCUGGUCGGUUAUUUCGGGCGAAGGCGGAAUUUACGUUCCACAAACUGGUCGAUACUUCCUUUGGUCGCAUUCAGGCAUAUGGGACAUAUGCCGGUAUAGUUUAACACCAAUUCCAUUAGCUAGUACUUCCUUGGCGGUGAAUUUCACAACUUUCGCCUAUAUGAAUUCCAGCCUCGCUUCAGCGGAUAAAGCAAAGUUAGCUCAAGAGCCUUUCAUCCAAAAAUUUCUAGAGAAUAAGGUGCAAGGCGACGUAAAAGACUUCGACGAUAACGUGAAGAAAAACCUCUUCGCCUACUGGGUUCUAAAUGAUACCGUGGAAUUUCGACGGCUUAAAGCUGCUUAUAAGACCUUCAACGCAGCCAGAUACAAUAUGACCCCGAGUGGGCAUAGGCCUAUUCUUGUUAACACGGUCAACACAACGGAAUUGCAUGAGAUUAUGGGCAGGAAUUUGUCACCGUACAUUGUGAAUGGUACAACGUUCUACAUGGUUGUGCCCACCCUGUUAAGGGACGCUUUGUUUCACGACUGGGACAAAAUUUCAGCUAUAAGGCCGUUGCUCUUGCCUUUCGCGAGAGAUAUGGAAGUUCCAGCAACAAUUUUGAACCAUGACCGGAUUGUAUUACAGUUGACUCCACCUAGACCGCCUAAAAAAGCACGAUUUGGAUACGGAUAUGAAUAUGUGCCAUUUAAACGAUGUAAACUGAUCGAAAUGUUUCCAACAGAACAAAUGAUGCGAAAUGAUCCAUCGAUUGAUGAGGAGUUACUUGACCUGGUGCGCACUCAGGCGUCCUUUGCGGUCAUCACGGUCAUGGUAAUGGCCAUGGGCUUUAUCUUUUCGCUCUAUACAUUUGCGAACCCUCGUUAUAUGUUCAAGCGCUUGGCUGGUGGAAUCCACUUCAUUUCAGCAGCAGCUAACCUAGUGGUGAUCCAAGUGUUCAUCGCAAGUCUUGAUCAUCAAAAGGUGCAUAUUAAGUUCUCGUACCCAGAAGGAUCCAGGCUCACCUAUGGAUAUGGACUUUACUUCGCUUGGCUCGUGUUCUGCACUAAUUUGUGCGCAGGAAUAAUGUUCAUGUGGUAUUCGAAGAAAAAGAAAGGUAACAAAGCACCUACCGACGAAAUCGCAAUGGCCGACGAGGUUAUAAACAUCGGAAGAUAAAAGGUCUCAACCAGCAAUAAUCCUGGACUUCCGGCACAUUUCAAUAGCCAGUGAAAUCUUCAACGAUGUACAUAUUUUCUCCAAAGUUUCUAUGUCUUGUAUUCCUAUAAAAUCGUAAUCGUACGCGAUGUUUCAUCCCUUCAAACACCUUGCAUUUUAUCCUUUGAGACAACCAAACACAUACUAGUCAUUAUCACCUCAUUUGGUUUAGAAAACGGUUGCGUAAUAUAUAAGUGUUAAGUAAUUAUACUUUCGAUUAUAAAUAUUUCUACGUAGACUUAAGACUCAAAUUUAAAGACAUCGAAUUUACAAAGGAUUGUUUACUUAUUUGUGUGGACCUUUUCGAAAGGAGUAGACGCAAUUCAAUACGAUCAGAAAUAAGUCCACCUUCUCAGCCUCGUUUUCUCCAUUUCUGAUAAAUUUAAAUUGUAGAAUAUAUCGACUCAUGCCAAAAUUAUAAGCUACCGAAAGUACUACUAAUGUAAAGGUGAAAAUAAAUCGAUACUGCGAAAGGUUUCAACCAAAACACCCUUGCGAUGAGCUUUGUUUAGAAUGCAUUAAUGAACGUCGAACCCGAGUCUUUAAAAAUACAAAUUUCAGUUAUGCCGUGUAACUUUUGCAAUAAAUCAUAUUCAAAUUAUGACAUUAAAAGUGUUUCGUCCAUUUUGCUAAGAUUGUUGAUUAUUAUUAGCUUAAAUAUUGAUAAAUAUUUUAUUUCAAUGUCCAAAUAAAUUAUUUAUUCUA